AUGGCCGCCGUCGACACGCCCUACGUCCACGAAGGAGGCAUCAAGCCCUAUUUCGAGCAGCAGAUCCAAGACGCAGAAAUCAACAUCCAGACCACCACCCAGAACUUGCGCCGGUUGGAAGCACAAAGAAACAAGCUCAACUCCAAAGUCCGCCAGCUAAAGGACGAGCUCCGCUUGCUCCAGGAACCCGGCUCGUACGUCGGGGAGGUGGUCAAAGUCAUGGGCUUGAAGAAAGUUCUCGUCAAGAUCCACCCAGAGGGCAAAUACAUCGUCAACGUGACCAAGGACAUCGACAUCAAGAAGUUGACGCCUUCGUUGCGGGUGUGUCUCAAGUCCGACUCGUACGAUCUCCAUAAGAUCUUGCCCAACAAGGUCGAUCCGCUUGUGUCGUUGAUGAUGGUGGAGAAGGUGCCCGACUCCACCUACGACAUGGUCGGAGGUUUGGACAAGCAAAUCAAGGAAAUCAAGGAGGUGAUCGAGUUGCCCGUCAAGCACCCGGAGCUUUUCGAGAGUUUGGGUAUUGCACAGCCAAAAGGUGUGAUUCUCUAUGGCCCUCCCGGCACGGGCAAGACGCUUUUGGCAAGAUCGGUGGCCCACCACACCGACUGUAAAUUCAUCCGUGUGUCUGGAUCGGAGUUGGUCCAGAAAUACAUCGGUGAGGGUUCGAGAAUGGUGCGUGAGCUUUUCGUCAUGGCAAGAGAGCAUGCACCAUCCAUCAUUUUCAUGGACGAGAUCGAUUCGAUCGGUUCGUCCAGAGUCGAGGGCUCCUCUGGAGGAGACUCGGAGGUUCAAAGAACCAUGUUGGAGUUGCUCAAUCAGUUGGAUGGUUUCGAGAGCUCCAAGGACAUCAAGAUCAUCAUGGCUACCAACAGAUUGGACAUUUUGGACCCGGCCUUGUUGAGACCCGGCCGUAUUGACAGAAAAAUCGAGUUCCCUGCUCCUACAGUCGCUGCGCGCACAGACAUCUUGAAGAUCCACUCGCGGUCCAUGAACUUGACCAGAGGCAUCAACUUGCGCAAGAUUGCCGAGAAAAUGAACGGAUGCUCUGGUGCCGACGUCAAGGGUGUCUGUACUGAAGCUGGUAUGUAUGCAUUGAGAGAGAGACGUAUCCAUGUGACACAGGAGGACUUCGAACUAGCUGUGGCUAAGGUUAUGUCCAAGAACGACGAUGGUGGUGUAUCCUUGGCUAAGCUCAUUAAGUAG